AUGUUCUCGGCCUUUAUCCGUCGGCUCAACGCCCUCAAACAGCGCGUCCCGAUGCUGAACCAGCUACAUCUCAACUUUAUAUUCCUGCACUAUACCUACAUUAUCUCUUGGGCACUCCUUGGCUCCGUCAUCGUCUAUGCCCAGGGCAAUAUCGACUACACCGAUGCCCUCUUCCAGGCGGGGGCGCUGCCACCCAGAAUCGUCCUGUACUUCAUCGCGAUCAUGUGUACGCCGAUCUUCAUCCACGGCGCCCUCGUUUUUAUCCGUCUAUACUGGUUCGAGAAGCGAUUCCAACAUGUGGUCCGGGAUGCGCGGGCGCUGCGCACCACGCGGUCGCGGAUGGACACUGUCACCCAGGACAAGAAUAGCGAUGAGAUUAAUCGCGCGGAGCAAGGAGUGAGUGGUCGGUCGAUUGUGGUAUUGCGCAGCAACACCGGCGAUGCGCUCGGGAGCAAAUUGCCUGAUCCGACGGGUGCGAAUGACGAGGUGAAUGCGGGGCCCGAGGCCGAUAUUCCUGACGGCAAGAGUGUUAGCGGACGAUCCAGUGGCGACGAUACGAACCCCGUUCUGGAACGGCGAUUUGGUCUGGGAAGCUUGAGAGUGCCCACCCAGCUCAGUCCAGAACACCACAUUGCCUUUGUCGAAAACCAGCGGAAGAAUAAGGGAGCGCUGCGCAUCCCCAGUCCUCGCGAGUACGACCGCGGUGGUGUCCCCGAGGCGCUGGACGAUGGCGAGGACGAAGAACCGACCCAGGAACAAUCCCAGCCCAUCGGACCCCAAAUCGAUCGCCGGAGGGAUUCGGAGCAUUCGGAGCAUGACGACCAGGUCGGUCCUCUGGAAGGACCGCACAUCACCAUCAAUGAGCCAGAGAUCACCCGUACUCGCACCCGUGGCAAUACUUUCCCGCGACUAGACACCAGGCCUACGGUCCGUGACACGAAAGAUGUCAAUGACAACGCGGAACUCAACCAAACAGCGACGAAGAAUACAGUCCGUGGAAUUUUCCGAUCGUUGACGCAGGAGAGAGAUCGCUCUACCCAGCCGUAUCUUAGUUGGAAUGCGACUGUGGCGCGAAACUCCAACUUCGUCGAUUUGACCGAAGAACAGCGCGAUGAGCUCGGUGGUAUUGAAUACCGUGCUUUGAAGACCCUCGCUGUUGUUUUGAUUUCAUAUUACGUUGGAUUCCACCUCUUCGGUAUCAUUUGCUUGGUGGGUUGGAUCAUGACGGUCGAUACAUGGGGUGAUGUUGUCAAAGCUGCUGGGGUUGGACGACCAUGGUGGGCUAUCUUCACAGCUGCGUCCGCCUUCAACGAUCUUGGUUUUACUCUUACUCCGGACUCCAUGAACUCCUUCCAGAAGGCAGUGUUUCCCUUGUUGCUUAUGGCAUUUCUGAUCAUCAUCGGCAACACGGCUUUCCCAUGUAUGCUUCGAUUUAUGAUUUGGGUUCUGUCCAAAUUUGCUCGACAGGGAACUGCUCUGUGGGAAGAGCUGCGAUUCCUUCUGGACCAUCCUCGUCGAUGCUUCACUCUUCUCUUCCCGCGUAACGCAACUUGGUGGCUGUUCGCCAUUCUCGUCGCUUUGAAUGGUAUUGAUGUGAUCUUUUUCAUCAUUCUGGAUUUGAAUGACUCGACAGUUACCCAGCUGCCGCCUGGUAUCCGGGUCUUGGAUGGCUUUUUUCAGGCUGCUUCUACGCGAACUGCUGGUUUUGGAGUCGUGAGCUUGUCAGAUCUCCACCCAGCCAUCCAGGUCUCCUACUUGAUCAUGAUGUAUAUCUCCGUUUUCCCCAUUGCCAUCUCGAUGCGACGUACGAACGUCUACGAGGAGAAGAGUUUAGGUGUCUACGGCUUUGAGGAGGAUGAAGACGACGACAAUCAAACCGCCCCCAGCUACAUUGGAGCUCACUUGCGGCGCCAGCUGAGUUUUGAUCUUUGGUACGUCUUUUUGGGGCUGUUCAUUAUUGCCAUCGCCGAGGGUAGCCGGCUCGAGAGUUCAAGCGACUACAGCUUCCAGUUGUUCUCUGUCCUAUUCGAGGUCGUGUCAGCUUACGGAACCGUUGGCCUGUCUUUCGGAUAUCCCACUGUCGACACCUCGUUCUCGGGCCAGUUCAACGUCGUCUCCAAGUUGGUGAUUAUCGCAAUGCAAAUUCGCGGUCGCCACCGUGGUCUGCCUUACGCACUGGAUCGUGCUGUCCUGUUGCCUUCCGACGCGCUUCAUCGACAGGAUACCGCUCUAUCCGAGCGUGCUAUUCGCCGCCGCCCUUCCAACCUCAGCGGGCCUGGAUCUCUUGGUCGCCAACAGUCUCGCAGCGUGUCACAGGCACAGGGUGAAGGUUACACUACGGGAAUGCAAUCUUAUGAUUGGCAAACUCAGCAACCUCAGCCAAAUGGCGAUGCCUUUGUUCACCGCUCGUCGACGAUUCGCUCGAACCGAUAG